AUGCGUCUCUCUAGCUUGCUCCAGGCCGUUGGCGCUUUAGCCAUUUUCAAUAUCGGACUGGUGACCGCUGCGCCUUCAGGUCAUUCGAAUAGAUACUCCCACCACCAUCAUGGGCAUUCUCAUGGCUAUGGCAAUAGCACUCUGACCAAGAGAACACGCCAAUAUUUCUGUGAUCACGCCAACUCUGCGCUGGUUGCAUCGGUCAAUGAAAUCAAGGCUAUGUUGACCACCACUAUUGAUCGGACAACUGCGCUUGAGGCCUUUGUUCGCAAUCCACCAGCCCAUAUCCUUCAACAUGAGCAAUUGCUACAAUCUACCUUUUAUACAUUCGAGUCAAUUUUUGGCCGCCUUGAAUAUGGGGUCCAAAGUGGCGAAGCUGCUGAUAGCAUCUCUAGAGUGCAGCGAAUCCUCGGUGCGACUGGCCUUGAAGGAAUCGUGGACAAUCCAGAUCUUGAGAUCUAUUGCAGUGAUGCCUGGCUCGUGAGGGAAGACCGCGAGGGUGACGUUGACAUGACAAAUUCCUAUCUUUAUUGGGACAACCGAGAGACAAGGACAGAGGACUAUGCCGAGAAUUUCGAGACCGUGCAUGGCGCCUGCAGAGACUCAAACACCCAUUACGCAUGGGUUAACCCGUCUCUCUCAUCAAGCAAGACCACAAGCGGCAGAACCAAUGUUAUGACUCUUUGUCAGGACAACGUUGCAGAGUGGAUAACAAGAUACAAUAACGGGCAAACGAUCGAAACGUUUUCCAAGCACACUUUGAGUGCUGCUAGAGUGAGAAUUGAUAGCUUUCAAGGUCAAACUAUGUCCACAGCUAUGAUGCACGAAUUCACUCAUGCAUCAGCUAUUGUCGGGACUCCAUAUCUGAUCGAUGAAUCAUGCACUGGCCCCGAUGACUCAACAGUAGCGGCUUAUGGCUGGUUUUGCAUCAGCCAAUUGGCCAAGUAUGCGCCGGCACGGGCUAUCAACAAUGCCGACUCAUUCUCUAUCUAUGCCACCGCCAUGUAUCUAUCACUGGACGACUGGUCAUAUGGCUAUCCCCGUGAAAUCCUCUCUGUCACAAAUCCUCUCAAUACUGGUAUCGCAGCUUUGAUGUCGCACACUGGGUCUUGA